CUACCCACCCAGUUUGCGACAGACACAUUUCUCCAGCGCGCAAGAAGAAACUACUUGAUUUGUAAAGACAACAGCUUCAACAUGGUGGCCGGUGGAAGACAGAUCCUGGGUAUGGCUUUAGGCAUAAUCGGCUUCUUGGGGGCCAUCAUCACCUGUGCCCUCCCAACCUGGAGAGUCACGGCGUUCAUCGGCGCUAACAUCGUCACCUCUCAGGUCAUAUGGGAGGGUUUGUGGAUGAACUGCGUGACUCAGAGCACAGGACAAAUGCAGUGCAAGGUUUAUGAUUCCAUGCUUGAAUUGGAUAGAGACCUGCAGGCUGCCAGAGCACUCACUAUCAUCGCCAUCCUCGUUGCAGUCAUUGGGAUCAUGCUGGGCGUCGUGGGAGGCAAGUGCACCAACUUCGUACCAGAGGAAGCUCGAAAGGCCAAAGUGGCCAUCGCCGCGGGUGUCUUCUUUAUUGUCGCAGGCUUCUUGGUCCUCAUCCCCGUCUGCUGGACCGCCAACACAAUCAUUCAGAAUUUCUACAACCCAACUCUGAUCAACGCUCAGAAGAGGGAACUUGGGGCCUCCCUUUACAUUGGCUGGGGCACUGCUGGACUGCUUUUCAUCGCUGGUGGGCUCCUCUGUAGCACCUGCCCUCCAAAGGAAGACAACUAUGAUGUUAGGUACUCCAAGGCUCGCUCUGUGGAUUCCAGCAAGGCCUACGUUUAGACCAGUAGAGAUGUGAAGAGAUACAGUAAGACUGUUGAAGAUGAGCCAGGUUCAAGCAGCUGGAACAAUCUGGAGAUCCAGACAGAAACUCUGGCAGCAAAAAUGAGCAAAAAUGAGCAAAUCAUCUAUGGUAUUCUGUAGUUUCAUACUGUCAGAAUGAUUCAUGUUGUUAAAUGUUUGGUAUUUGCUCCUCGGUUUAUAAACACAUAGAGAUGUUGUUUGUAUUAAAAAACACAGCUUUUAUGUUUCUUUAUCUUUUUUUUUUUUUUUUACUGAAAUGUAUAACUCAUAACAACAGAGCAAUCUCUACUUAUCUUUUCAAAUGUAAUUGCAUUUUAGGACUAAAUGAUUUGUAUAGUUUUAUUUCUAAAUAUUCACUCUGUAUAAUUAAAACAGUGACCUGUUAAGAUGAUUUUUCAUUCCAAAUGUCAUAAGUGCUUACAGUAACUCCAAAGAUAGCAGGAAAAAAGAGUUAAGUUAAUCUGGUUUUGCUUGUCAAUGUGAAAGAAUCUCUACAAACAGGUUGAGUGACAAUGUUUGCUGCCUGCUAAAGAAACAUGAUGAAACUAAAACAAGGUCAAAUGACAAAGCUGUUUUCAUGAAAAACUGUUUGCUUGUAGUUUAUUACGAUAGUUUGCCAAUUACUGUAACAUCUGAAAGAGAAAUACAAAAGGUUUGGAAUAAACAUAUUUACAUAAAA